GGGGCCAUGGCUCCGCCCUGGUGGGUCUGUGUUAUGCUCUGGGUGUGCCUAUCUCUCUGGUGUCCACUGCUGUCCUUGCUGAACCCCUGCUGCCUGUCCUGCAGCUUGAUUUUAUCGGUUAGGCUCUUGGAAGUCUCCGUGGCCUAAGACUUCUCUCUAGAGCUGCUCACCAUGUCUGCUGCGCCCCGCCUCCUGUACCAGGAGCUGUCCUGCCCGCUGUGCCUGCAGCUGUUCGAUGCGCCUGUGACUCUCGAGUGUGGCCACAGUUUCUGCCGGGCCUGCCUGGGCCGCGUGGGUGGGGAGCCGGCAGCGGACGGCACUGUACCCUGUCCUAGCUGCCAGGCACCCACGAGGCCGCAGGUGCUCAGCACCAACCAGCAGCUGGCGCGCCUGGUGGAGGGCCUGGCGCAGGUGCCACAGGGCCACUGCGAAGAGCACCUGGACCCGCUGAGCAUCUACUGUGAGCAGGACCGCGUGCUCGUGUGCGGUGUGUGCGCCUCUCUUGGCUCCCAUCGUGGCCAUCGCCUGCUGCCCGCCGCCGAGGCCCAUGCGCGUCUCAAGACUCAGCUCCCGCAGCAGAAAUUGCAGCUGCAGGAGGCCUGUACACGCAAGGAGAAGAGCGUGGCCGUGCUAGAGCACCAGCUAGUGGAGGCAGAGGAGACGGUACAGCAGUUCCGGGGCGCUGUUGGGGAGCAGCUGGGCAAGAUGCGGCUCUUCCUGGAUGCUCUGGAGGGCUCACUGAACCGGGAGGCAGAACGGGUUUGGAGCGAGGCUGGUGUUGCCAUAAGGCGGGAGCUGGCAGGCCUGAACUCUUAUCUGGAGCAGCUUCGGCAGAUGGAGAAGGUGCUGGAUGAGGUGGCCGAUAAACCACAGACUGAAUUCCUCAUGAAAUACUGCCUGGUGACAAGCAGGCUGCAGAAGGUUCUGGCAGAGUCACCACCCCCUGCACGUCUGGAUAUCCAGCUGCCAGUCAUUUCCGAUGACUUCAAAUUCCAGGUGUGGAAGAAGAUGUUCCGGGCUCUGAUGCCAGCGCUGGAGGAGCUGACCUUCGACCCCAGCUCAGCGCACCCCAGCCUGGUGGUGUCAGCUGGCGGCCGGCGCGUGGAGUGCAUGGAGCAGAAGGCGCCGCCGGCAGGCGAGGACACGCGCCAGUUUGACAAGGCUGUGGCGGUGGUGGCGCAGCAGCUGCUGUCUGGCGGCGAGCACUACUGGGAAGUGGAGGUGGGCGACAAGCCGCGCUGGGCCCUCGGCGUGAUGGCAGCAGAGGCACCUCGGCGCGGGCGGCUGCACGCGACGCCGUCGCAGGGCCUCUGGCUGCUGGGGCUGCGCGACGGGAAGGUGCUGGAGGCGCACGUGGAGGCCAAGGAGCCGCGCGCCCUGCGCGCCCCCGAGCGGCUGCCGACCCGCGUGGGCAUCUACCUGAGCUUCGGCGACGGCGUGCUCGCCUUCUACGACGCCAGCGACACCGACGCGCUGACCCUGCUCUUCGCCUUUCACGAGCGCCUUCCUGGGCCCGUGUACCCCUUCUUCGACGUGUGCUGGCACGACAAGGGCAAGAACGCACAGCCGCUGCAGCUCGCGUGCCCUGAGGAGGGGGAGGCUUGAGUCGCGGGGAGCAGCGGGACGGGGUGGGACGGGGCGGGACGGGACGGGACGGGACGGGGCGGGACGGGACGGGACGGGGCGAGGCGGGGCGGGGCGAGGAGGAGGGCGGCGCCCGGCGGAACAGCCGAAGCGGACUGGGUUGCCGGAGGGGGUGGCAUGAAUGGGAGACCCUGGGUGAGGUGUUAGGUGACCUGUGAACAGCCAUUCAGGACAGUGAGAACCCUGAACGUGGCCACCAGGAGGCCCAAGAGUGCCAGAAGGAAGUUGAUGUCGAGGUAGGGAGGGAAAAGGGUCAGAGGUUGUGAGGAUGAGCCUUUGUAGAAGGGGUCCUUCUUUGGCCUCAUACACCUUCCUCCUCAAGGCUUGGGUCAGGGGCUCCAGACCCCCCAGGCCUAAAGGCCUUGCACUUGGCAGCCGGCAAACUUUAGCGUGCCACAGUGCUUCAUUCAUUGUUUUGCGGUGAUAGGGAUGGACCCAGUGCUUGGGCAGGCCAGGCAAGUGCUCUGGCAUCAAGCAGCUCCAGCCCAUAAAAUCACCUCAUGAGACUACAGACAGUGUCUUCAUGAAUCAGAGACUUCUGAGGCAUCAGGUCUGGGGAAGGUAAAAACUCGGUCACAUCUAACCGGUUCCCAGGUGGUCUUUGUGCUGCCCAUCACAAGCAGGGUCACACUUUUGGCAUACAAGUCAGUUCAGGCAGCUGUAAGUUGCAGACAGAGAUGUGGAUCCAUUCAACAUAAAUUUAAAACAAAACAACAAAAUAAGCAAACACAAAAAUGUUUAAAGCUGUGAAGGUGCAUGGUAGGUGUCCAAAGUCCAACUUUCCUCCCUUGGCUUUGAGAAUGUUCACUAAGCAUACUGGACAUGGAGAAAAUUCUCCAACUUGCUCACCAAGAGUACUAGCCCAGGCUGAUGCCCUCCGGGCCUGCUACCUUGGAGCAUGCAAAGCUCCUGCUAGAGUUGCCAGAAUUGGCCCCUCAUCACUGACCUUCUUGGCUUUCAUCCCAGGGCCCAUCUUGGUGUCUGGAGGACCCAUUGAGACUCAGAAGGAAUGUCCCUGUUUGCUGAAGAGAGAGGCCUUUGGGGGUUCGGGCUGGUGGAACUGAAGCCUGUUUCUGAUUCUGUGUGAGGGAAUGUGAUGGCCAGGCUGGGCCUGCUCCAGCUGCUGCUGCCGCCGUGGUGUGAAAGGGCCUGGGAGUCUCUUGGUAACUGGGUCUGGUGUAGGGAUUUUCUUGGAGGACAUUAGGUAUGGGGCUGAGAAAGCAAAUGUUUUGGAAGGUUGUGGUAGGUAAGAAAAGCCAAAAAGCCUGGCCAGGAAGAGGGACAAGCUGAGUAUGUUUCCUAGUGGGAGACCUGCUGAGCCAUGGCUUUGAGAGGCAGAAGGGAGGAUUAAUUUCUUUUUUUUUUUUUCAAGGUAGUGAAACUAUUUUGUAUAACAUUUUAAUGGGGGAUGCAUAUCAGUUUACAUUUGUCAAAAAUAGAAUGUAUAACAUGAAACACGAACUCAAAACAAAGUAUAUUUUUUAAAAAUUUAAUUUAGGUUUAGUUUCUCUAGCUGCAGAAUUAUAAUCAUAAUGUCAAUCCACUAAGGCCAUUGGGAGUAUCAAAUGAAACGAGCAUCUGUUAGAACUCUGACACAUAAUUGUUCAAUAAAUAUCAUGUCCUCUUUGGAGAAUUCUCUCAGUGAGCUACUGGGCAAAUGCCAUAGACUUUUCUGCAUUUAUUUCCUUUCCUUUUUUUUUCCAAGCAUGAUGUUAUGAAAUAUUCCACAUUUGAGAUUCUGAAUAUUGCCUUCAGUUUCCUUUGUGACAAAAUCAAAGGACUGCUUCUUAGAAUAUGACUUGUAAUUCUUUUUCCAAACACAAUUUUUUGAAUAGCACUACUUUAAAAUGAAGUCAAUUAAAAUUGUAUUUUACGAAGUACAUUUUCUAUAAUUCUAACUCCUCUUAUAAUAAUCCUCUCAAAAUAUACUAAGUGCCUUUUACAAAUGAUGGAGUUCUUGUCCUUCUAGAACUAUAGGUUAUUGAAGAAAGCAGACAUUUCAAUACAGAGAUAUACUAGAUAUGUAAUAUGAGUAAAAUGUUUUUAAAGUUAUAAUUUAUGGAAUACUCUGUACCAAAGCACUCUUUGCAAGGAGCUGUGCUGCUCUCAGAAGUUCAUGGUUUGGGCUUUCUCCUUAGCAGGUGGGGUAGUGGGCACCUUCAAAAUCCAUGAAGGGACGCUGACUCUGUUUGAGUUGGAGGUCACUCAGAGAGUACAGCAAGAUGAGGAGGGCAGGCCACAGCAGCCCUCUUCAUUUCUACAGACAGGGUUUUGGUAAGGGAGGAUUAAUUUCAUAAGCUGUUUAGCUAGAAGAUAAACAAUAAAGGAAAAGGAUUAUUUGGUUGUAAAAUUUAUCUCCAUUAAUAAAAACUAUUACAAUCUGA